UAAGCAAUGAGCCUCAACGGAUGUCUGCUUAGUCCUGGUUCCGAGGGAAAGGUCACCAGAGCAAAAAGAUACUCCUCCUGGGUUCUGACCCGCUGUUUCCUUCCCUGGACCGCUCCCCAGGCGGGCACGCGGACACUUCACCGCGCGCAGUCCCAGCCGCGCAGCCGGCGCCCCCUCCAGGCGACACCGCCCACCCGCGGUGGCCCCGAGAGGCCAGAGGCCAGGCCCUUCAAGGGUCCUGCGAGCCCGCUGAGUGCUGGGCUUCGCCCUCACUCCCCCGAGCUAAGGCGAGCCGCCGCCCGGCUCCCCCAGUCGCUGCAACCGCCAUGCCCGGCGCUGUGUCAUCAGGAAAUGCGGCUCUCGUCACAGUGCCCAGAAUACGGGACUCGGGGGGAGGAGGAGAUGGGUCGUGCCGCUGAGUUGCUGGGGUUUGUUGUUGUAUUCGGGCAGUUCGAGUGCAUUCUGCAAGGAGAAGGCAGAUGGGGAGAGGCUGGAGAGAUGGAGGCGCCUCUGGUUAAAAGCAACCGCGCGGAGCGUGCGGCGAUCCCCCGGGACUCCUGCCGCGUCCCCGUCCCCGUCCCCGUCGCCGGCGGCCUCGCGCUCCUGACCUUCCAAGACUAGGCGAGCCUGGCGCCGUCUCAGCUCCCGGGAAAAGCCCGAUCCCGCCGGGCACCUGCUCCCGCAGCCGGUCCCUGCGCUCUCCACGGCGGGCAGAGGAUGAGCUGCGGGGGUCCAAACCACUAGUCACUCCAAAGGAGUGUCCAUGGCCACUGAAUGUUUCCAGAAGACGUGGCGCUGCAC